GCGGGGGCUGCGCCUCCGCGGCCAUGCCGAAUAAAAACAAGAAGGAGAAAGAACCUGCAAAAUCAGUCAAGAGUGGAAAAAGUGGCAAAGAUGGACAAGAUAAUCAAGAACAUGAGUUAUGCUGCUAGAACAAAAUUUGAAUGAAAUUACGUGGAGACUCAAAAGGUGUCAAACAAAAAAUCAAAUAGCACUCCUCCCCCAGCACAACUAUCUAAAAUCAAAGUACCAGCACCACAGACUGUAGUGAAGAAGGAAAAGCGUCAGAGUUCUUCAAGGUUUAAUGUUAGUAAUAACAGGGAGCUUCAAAAACUGCCAGCUUUAAAAGGAAUACAGUGCCGUGCCUGCUGGAGCCUAGAUGUUGACAUGUAACAGAGCUGGCAGCAGGAUGGUGGUUGACGCAGCCAAUUCCAAUGGGCCGUUCCAGCCCGUGGCCCUUUUGCAUAUUAGAGAUGUUCCUCCAGCGGAUCAAGAAAAGCUUUUUAUCCAGAAGUUACGACAAUGUUGUGUACUUUUUGACUUUGUUUCUGAUCCACUAAGUGACCUAAAGUGGAAGGAAGUAAAACGAGCAGCUUUAAGUGAAAUGGUAGAAUAUAUCACACACAAUCGCAAUGUGAUUACGGAACCUAUUUACCCUGAAGUAGUACAUAUGUUUGCAGUUAAUAUGUUUCGAACAUUACCACCAUCUUCCAAUCCAACGGGAGCAGAAUUUGAUCCAGAGGAAGAUGAGCCAACCUUAGAAGCUGCAUGGCCUCAUCUACAGCUUGUUUAUGAAUUUUUCUUAAGGUUUUUAGAAUCUCCAGAUUUUCAACCUAAUAUAGCUAAGAAAUAUAUUGAUCAGAAGUUUGUAUUACAGCUUUUAGAGCUCUUCGACAGUGAAGAUCCACGUGAAAGAGAUUUUCUUAAAACAACUCUUCACAGAAUAUAUGGGAAAUUCUUAGGCUUAAGAGCUUACAUCCGGAAACAAAUUAAUAAUAUAUUUUAUAGGUUUAUUUAUGAAACAGAACAUCACAAUGGCAUAGCAGAAUUACUGGAAAUACUGGGAAGCAUAAUUAAUGGAUUUGCCUUACCAUUAAAAGAAGAGCACAAAAUAUUCCUAUUGAAGGUUUUGUUACCAUUGCACAAAGUGAAAUCACUCAGUGUCUAUCAUCCACAGCUGGCGUACUGUGUAGUUCAGUUUUUAGAAAAGGACAGCACACUUACAGAACCGGUGGUAAUGGCACUGCUGAAAUACUGGCCAAAGACUCACAGUCCAAAAGAAGUCAUGUUUUUAAAUGAACUAGAAGAAAUUUUAGAUGUUAUUGAACCAUCUGAAUUUGUUAAAGUUAUGGAACCUCUCUUCAGACAGCUAGCCAAAUGUGUGUCCAGUCCACACUUUCAGGUUGCAGAGCGAGCAUUAUACUACUGGAAUAAUGAAUAUAUUAUGAGUUUAAUUAGUGAUAAUGCAGCAAAGAUUUUACCCAUCAUGUUUCCAUCCUUGUACCGGAAUUCAAAGACGCAUUGGAAUAAGACAAUACAUGGCUUGAUAUACAAUGCUCUGAAACUCUUCAUGGAGAUGAACCAAAAACUGUUCGAUGACUGCACACAGCAAUUUAAAGCAGAAAAACUGAAAGAGAAGCUAAAAUUGAAGGAACGGGAAGAAGCAUGGGUUAAAAUAGAAAAUCUAGCCAAAUCAAAUCCCCAGUACCCAACAUACAGUGACACGAGUUUGCUGAACAGUCCUGUUGCAAUGGAAACAGACGGGCCUUUAAUUGAAGAUUUGCAGACGCUGAAAAAGACAGUGAAAGAAGAGGCUUGUCAGGCACAAAAAGAUCAGAAAAAAGAUCGUCCUCUUGUGCGACGCAAGUCAGAACUGCCUCAGGAUAUCUAUACCAUGAAAGCCUUGGAAUCACAUUGCAGAGCUGAUGAAUUAAUAUCACAUGAUGGGCAUUAAACUAUUACAGUGAAAUAUUAUUUUGGAGGAAAAGUUUUUUUUUUCUGGACUCAGUUCUACAGUAGAACUUAAUUUUUUGUGCCAUACCAAUCAGUUACACACAAAGUCAAAGCUUUCUUCAACCCAUUUCUGUAGGCAAUAACUUAAUAGAGUAUGCAGCUCAAGAUUAGUAGUUCAAACAAUGGUAAAUUACCCAGUUUAAUUUGCAGAAUAUUGGGUUAACUAUAAUCAAGUGGACACAAUUUCCUGGAGGUGUUGUCAUAGUACCAACCAGCUGUUAAUGUGCAGUUUUUAUAGUCGUAUUUGAGAAAAGCAUUCUAUAAUCUUUCCAUCUAAAUACGUGAAUGACCAAAAGUUGGUACUAAUGAUAAACGUGUGUUUUCAAAAGUAAACUUAUUUCAAAUACAAGUAUUAAGCUUUUUCUAGGAUUUCUCAGCUUUACAGUUGUUUCAACAUUAUCGCUGUCUUGUUAUAUACCAGCAGUUUUGAAAAUACAAUUAUUCUUUCGUAUUCUAAAACAUGGCUUACAAACUGGUAACAUUCAUGACAAUCCUCAGUCAUCAUUCCUUUCUAAGAAUUCUGUAAAUUCAUUUCUCUUUUACUUAGGAUAAAGAUAUAUAUAUAAUCUAUAUAUACCACAUCCUAAUACUUUAUGUAGAUUUAAAGCCAUAUCUUCCAGUCUUUAGUGUAUAAUAUGGCACCAGUAUUCCAGAUACGAACUGGUAGAAGAAUUUUUCCUAAAAUGAAAAUUUGUUUACUAUGACUGGGAAUAGACUGAAUAUAAAAUUUCAUUUUAAGUUUUUUCAAGUCAAUAAAGUAACUCUUUCACUGUUUUCUCCCUUAUCUGAGCUUUUAAUACUCAGCAUUUUUCUUGGGCUCUAGGAGUUCAAUAUUCUGUGGCAGAUACUAUGUGUGAUUUCAGUUGCAUUAGUUUUUAUCUGAAAGAUGAACACAACAUCAUAAGCUUAUUAAAAUUUAAAAAAAAAAACAAAAAAACAAACUGCUUCUUUUUCAAUGAGUCUAAGAGCUGAGGAGAUUGUGACCAUAAUUUUACCGUGAAAAUAUUUUUGUUGUUGUUGUAAAGAGCACAUGUGCUGCAAAUACACCUCACAAGUGAACUGAAAAUGCAUCUGAGUUGCUGAUGAUCUUCAAAUGCUGCUAUAUAUUCCACAAGAUUACUUGCAUGUAAUGAGCUUUUUGUUGUAGAUGGAAAAGCACGGGAGGAAAAAUCUCUUUAAAAAUAUAGUGCUUUGUCUUCAAUAUUUGAUUUCUCUCAGGGUGGCCAGUAUUUUGACUUACUUAUCCUGCUUACAAGCUGUUUGAAAUGUGUUCUGCUAUUCUAAAUGGGUGAUUAGUUUCUUUUGUCUCUGGCAGUAACAUGAUAUAACUUAAUGUUUAAUGUCUUGAUGCAUAAAGAGAUAAAAAAUGUGGCUUCUUUAAAAAUAGUUUUGUUUUACUUUUUAAGGAAGUAUAACAUCUCCUGCAUCCAUAAAAAAAAUAUUCUCAAAGCAGACAUUCAUAGUAACCUUGUGCAGAUGUAGUGCCUGCUGUUUGUUGGUUGCAUUUAACAUUCAAUUUCCAAUAUUUGUUACAUUGUCUAUUGGAAGAAAAUUGUGAGUGGUAAAUAUUGGCUUACAACAUCUAAAUUUAAAGACCAACCCAACCUUUAAGUGGAAUGUCCACUGUGUCUGAAAACAUUUCCUGUAAAACUUGAAAAAGAAAAUGCUUUACCAUUAGGAUAAACUACAUAAAAACAGUUUAAAGAUGCCUUCUACUUUUGAGGGGAAAAGGGUGCUUUUUUAAUUGUGUAAAGCAACGUCUAUGUAUUUUGAUAUACCAUUGUUUGAACUUCCAUCUUUAGCUGGUAGAUUAUCAGUUACCUUUGAUUUGGGUGUUCAGUAUGUCUGUGCAAGAGAUUGCUGAAAGGAAUUAUUCUUAUGUUAUCCAAGGGGGGGGGAAAAAACCCAACUGUAUAUCAGUGUUUGAUUGACUGUGUGAUACUCAACGUAUAAGAACAUCUUUCACUGUCUAGAUUUUAUUUUUCUUCUUUACUGAAGAUAAACACUCACCAAAAAGGGAAGCAUUGUGGUAAUUUAGAGUCUUCAAGUUCUCUAUAAAGGCAUAUUUGAAAUUUUGGGCCACUGAACAUUUGCUUAGGCAAUAUUCCAAAAUCUUAUCACCACUAAUCAUUUAGCAUGUUUGUUAUCAAUAUUUAUAUAUUUCGUAUAAUCUUGUACUAAACAAUUCUAAAACUAAUACAUCCAAAAUAAAAAGAAAAAUUAAAGUAGAAUUUUGGUGACUGUUGUUCUUCAUAAAGUUCUGUCUGAUACCUUCCCCCAUUUUCCAAAAUUACACCUGUACAUCAGGAAUGUCAAAAGUAAUAUUACAAGUGUCUUUUUAGUGUGGCUUUAGUAUGGCUUCAUUUUAAUAUUGUACAUACAUUGUACCUUGUUUUAUGGUAAUAAGUAAUAAAAAUGUAGACUUCAUAUUUUGUACAGAAUCGUCCUAUGUACAGAAUAAAAAGUUCCUAGAAACAGCAAA